UCAAAGUUCAAGAUGGCUGCCGAGGAGUCGGCUGCUUCUGAGGAGAUUUCAGAGGAGUUAAAUGAGGGGUGGAGCCAAACCGAGGUGGAAGCCGCCUGCAGAUCUAUCUGCGAGGUUGAGGAGCCGCUAGAGAAAAUGGACCUUGAUUUCUUUCACUUACAUCGUGCAUUACGUCUGGCAUUUUGUUUUUAUUUGAAUCCACAGGUGAUGGCACAGAUCCUGAAGGAUAUGGGAAUCACAGACUAUGAGCCAAGGGUUAUAAAUCAAAUGUUGGAAUUUGCUUUCCGAUAUGUGACUACAAUUCUGGACGAUGCAAAAAUUUAUUCAAGUCAUGCUAAGAAGCCCAAUGUUGAUGCAGAUGACGUGAGACUGGCCAUCCAGUGUCGGGCUGACCAGUCUUUUACCUCUCCUCCUCCAAGAGAUUUUUUACUAGAUAUUGCAAGGCAGAAGAACCAAACCCCUUUGCCACUGAUUAAGCCAUAUGCAGGACCCAGACUGCCACCUGAUAGAUACUGCUUAACAGCUCCAAACUAUAGGCUGAAGUCCUUAAUUAAAAAGGGACCUAACCAAGGAAGACUGGUUCCUAGAUUAAGUGUUGGGGCGGUCAGUAGCAGACCUACUACUCCUCCUGCAGCACCCCAACAAGCAGUAUCUGUCCCAAAUAAGGUUGCAACUCCAGUGUCAGUGACAAGCCAAAGAUUUGCUGUGCAGAUUCCACCUUCUCAGUCCACACCUGCCAAACCAGCUCCUGCAGCAACUGCAGUCCAAAAUGUUCUGAUUAAUCCUUCAAUGAUUGGGUCCAAAAACAUUCUCAUUACCACCAGCAUGGUUUCCUCACAGAACACAGCCACCGACUCAAACCCACUAAAGAGGAAGCAUGAGGAUGACGAUGACAAUGAUACUAUGUAAGGAAUAAAGUCUGUUUUGCAUACAUUAACAUUUUUGUGUGUUUGGGCCCAUAUGGUGGACUCAACAGCCUAGUUCUUCAUAAGUUUUAUCUUAGAAAUGUAGUGGUAAUAUUUUUCACAUUAAUUACAUUUGGCAGGUUUUGUUACAGUGGAUACAAAUGUUUUCUCAGUAGGCUUCAGGUAUACAAGUACUUGCUUCUAGACAGCUUCAUUAAUGUUGAGUCUCACCAUGGCAACUCUAUUUUUAGAAGCAGUUUUCCGAUAUGUGUCACUAGCAGCAGCACUUGGAUUUCAGUUCCUGGUCUCAUUUAUAUUUAAACAGGACUUUCUUUUAAUAGUGAACUAUACACAUUGUCACUUUUUUGACCAAAUCUCUCAAUUUAGGAAAUUUUUUUUGAAACUGGAUUUAGAAGUGUGCUAAAUCCAUUUUGAAUGUAUUUGGGUUUUGGUCUUUUCUAAUUCCCUAUCUAGAUCCCAUUUGUUUUCUGUUCCCACCUCUCAUCGCCUUAAGUCAUUUGCCAUUGCACUUAAAUUUAAUAGACUGUGACUGGAAUUUGUAAUAUGCCCUAGAUGCCUGGCACUCUGCAGUUCCCUUGAACCUGAGUGUCUGCAUUUGCUCUUCUUCACUCUUUAAGAGAGCAUUUAGGUCUUAGCCCUUGCCUUUCAUGCUUGUUAAGCUCUUCUCAUUGACAGGCAGUUUUGCAUCAGUUACAUUCAGUUGCAUUCACAGUCUUUCAUGUUUAUAAUUUAAAAUAUAACUUAAAACCUGCCUUGGUAAGUAAUUUACACUGGACCCAGACAAAACCACUGAAGAGCUUUAUUGUUUUUCUUACCACCUGCAUAUAUACAUGCUUUGGUCACUACUGCUUGAACCAGCUCUUUGGUUUCAUUCAGAUCACCUUUGUAGCUUGCUGCUGAGGGUGUCACACAUAAGAUGGGAUCAAGCCUGAAGGAGGAUUCUAAUGAUGCUCUUUCCCUAUCAGGCCAACAGGGAAAACAGAUUAGUGUCAUCUGACUCCAUUUAGGUACCCUAAAAAUUUUCCCAACCAUGUUUCUAUACACCUUCUCCUACUUUGUUUUAAUCCAUACCUACAAGACACACUGGA